CCUCACUUUCUUUCUCUAAAACAAGAAAGCAUUCCUCUUUAAGUUUCAAUUCAUUUCCUUCUUUCUUCAACAAAUUUCGCUGAGUUUGGCUUACGAUUGUGGUUCCAAUGGGACAGCAAUCGUUGAUCUACAGCUUCGUGGCGCGCGGCACCGUGAUCCUUGCCGAGUACACUGAGUUCUCCGGUAACUUCACCGGCAUUGCGUCUCAGUGCCUGCAGAAACUCCCCCCGUCCAGCAACAAAUUCACCUACAACUGCGACGGGCACACAUUCAACUACCUUGUCGAUAAUGGAUUCACUUACUGUGUGGUUGCGGUUGAGUCUGUUGGCAGACAGAUUCCGAUUGCUUUCCUUGAACGUAUCAAGGAGGAAUUCUCCAAGAAAUAUGCUGGAGGAAAAGCUGCAACAGCUGCUGCUCGUAGCCUCAACAAAGAGUUUGGAUUCAAGUUGAAGGAGCAGAUGCAGUACUGCAUUGAUCAUCCGGAGGAGAUCGACAAGCUUGCCAAAGUGAAAGCUCAGGUUUCUGAAGUGAAGGGAGUUAUGAUGGAAAAUAUUGAGAAGGUUCUCGACCGUGGGGAGAAGAUUGAACUUUUGGUAGACAGAACUGAAAACCUUCGUUCUCAGGCUCAAGAUUUUAGGCAGCAGGGAACCAAGAUUAGGAGAAAGAUGUGGUUCCAGAAUAUGAAGGUAAAAUUAAUAGUUCUUGCCAUCAUAGUUCUCCUCAUUUUCGUUAUCGUCUUUUCUGUAUGCGGUGGCUUCAAGUGUGGGAAAUGAGUCUUUUUUCUUCCUACAUACUGUUUUUUCCUCUUCCUUAUUUUUAACUUUUAGUUUUUUAAAUACUUUCCUUUAACUCGUCUGGUAUGGUGGUCUCUAUUAUUGUAAGACAUUGCCUGUAUAGUUUG